AUGGCGGAGAAAGCUUGGCUCCCUGAGGUGGCAGGGAAAGCUGGGGUGGCAGAAAAAGCUGGGCUCCCUGUAGUGGCGGGGAAAUCUUGGGUGGCGGAGAAAUCUGGUCUCCCUGAGGUGGCUGAAAAAGCUGGCCCCCUGAGGUGGCGGGGGAAGUAUAGGCUCCCUGAGGUGGCGGGGAAGCCUGGGGUGCCUGGGCGGCUGAGGAAGCUGGUCUCCCUGAGGUGGCGGGGGAACCUAGGCUCCCUGAGGUGGCUGAGAAAGCUGGGCUCACUGAGGUGGCGGGGAAACCCAAGGGUCCCUGAGGUGGCGUGGGAUCCUGGGCUCCCCGGGAUGUGGGAAAACCUGGGUUCCCUGAAGUGGCGGGUGAACCAAGGGUGCCUGUGGUGGCUGAGAAAGCUGGGCUCCCUAAGAGCUGGGUUCCCUGAGGUGGCGGGUGAACCUGGGCUCCCUGGGGUGGCGGAGGAACCUGGGGUGCCUGGGGUGGCGGGUGAACCUGGGGUGCCUGGGGCGCCUUGGGAGGCGGCUGAACCUGGGGUACCUGGGGUGGCGGGUGAACCUGGGGUCCCUGGGGUGGCGGGUGAACCUGGGGUGCCUGGGGCGCCUGGCGUGGCGGGUGAACCUGGGGUGCCUAGGGUGCCUGGGGUGGCGGGUGAACCUAGGGUGCCUGGGGCGCCUGGGGAGGCGGGUGAACCUGGGGUUCCUGGGGUGGCGGGUGAACCUGGGGUGCCUGGGGUGGCGGGUGAACCUGGGGAGGCGGGUGAACCUGGGGUGCCUGGGGUGGUGGGUGAACCUGGGGUGUCUGGGGUGUCUGGUGAACCUGGGCAGACGGGGGAACCUGGGCUCCCUGAGGUGACGGCUGAACCUGGGGUACCUGGGGUGGCGGGUGAACCUGGGGUGCCUGGGGUGGCGGGUGAACCUGGGGUGCCUGGGGCGCCUGGCGUGGCGGGUGAACCUGGGGUGCCUAGGGUGCCUGGGGUGGCGGGUGAACCUAGGGUGCCUGGGGUGGCGGGUGAACCUGGGGAGGCGGGUGAUCCUGGGGUGCCUGAGCAGGCGGGUGAACCUGGGGUGCCUGGGGGUUUUACGGGUGGCCUCGGCUCCAUUGGGAUGACGUUGGAAUCUGUGGUCCCUGGAGCGGCGGGUAAAUCUGUGGUCCCUGGGUUGGUGGGGGACCCUGGGCUUACUGGGGUGGUGGGGGAAUCUGUGGUCCUUGGAUGGCGGGGGAACCUUGGCUCCCUGGGGCGGCAGGGCAACAUGGGCUCCCUGGAGAGCCGGGGUCAUCUGGGCUUCCUGGGUCGGCGGGAGAAUCUGGACUCCCUGGGAUGGUGGGGGAACCUGUGUUCCCUGAGGUGGGAGGAAAACCUGGGCUCCCUGGGGAGGCUGGGUAACCUUGGCACCCUCGGGAGGCGGGGCAACAUGGGCUCCCUUGGGUGGCGGGGGAAUCUGGACUCCCUAGUUGAGAUUCAAGUGUUUCCGUUUGGCCCGCUGCCAGGAAUGGAGACGAGAGUCAUAAAUAAGAUGGACAUUUUUGAGUUACUGCUGAGAUCGGAUUUGACGGAGAAGAUUGUACCUUCCUAUAUGCGUAGUCAAAUAGAGUCGUUGGAUGACACGGUAAACAGUCACGUGAUGUCCCAGAUUAGACACCUCAAGCGUGGAUAUCAGCAGAUGAAGCGACAGACACUGAGUCUCACAAGACAGUUGAGGGAGGUCGGACAGACUAAAACAAGACAACCACUGGACACUGUGAAAGACAAAGAUGCAUGUGAACAGCAGAUGGCGGAGAAAGCUUGGCUCCCUGAGGUGGCAGGGAGAGCUGGGGUGGCAGAAAAAACUGGGCUCCCUGUAGUGGCGGGGAAAUCUUGGGUGGCGGAGAAAUCUGGUCUCCCUGAGGUGGCUGAGAAAGCUGGGCCCCCUGAGGUGGCGGGGGAAGUGGCGGGUGAACCUGGGGAGGCGGGGGAACCUGGGCUCCCUGGGGUGGCGGAGGAACCUGGGGUGCCUGGGGUGGCGGGUGAACCUGGGCUCCCUGAGGUGGCGGGUAAACCUGGGGUGCCUGGGGUGGCGGGUGAGCCUGGGGUGCCUGGGGCGCCUGGGGUGGCGGGUGAACCUGGGGUGCCUGGGGCGCCUUGGGAGGCGGCUGAACCUGGGGUACCUGGGGUGGCGGGUGAACCUGGGGUGCCUAGGGUGCCUGGGGUGCCUGGGGUGGCGGGUGAACCUGGGGUGCCUGGGGCGCCUGGGGAGGCGGCUGAACCUGGGGUCCCUGGGGUGGCGGGUGAAUCUCGGGUGCCUGGGGUGGCGGGUGAACCUGGGGAGGCGGGUGAACCUGGGGUGCCUGGGGUGGUGGGUGAACCUGGGGUGCCUGGGGUGGCGGGUGAACCUGGGGAGGCGGGUGAACCUGGGGUGUCUGGGGUGGCGGGUGAACCUGGGGUGCCUGGGGUGGCGGGUGAACCUGGGGAGGCGGGUGAACCUGGGGUGCCUGGGGUGGUGGGUGAACCUGGGGUGCCUGGGGUGGCGGGUGAACCUGGGGAGGCGGGUGAACCUGGGGUGCCCGAGCAGGGGGGUGAACCUGGGGUGCCUGGGGUACCUGGGGUGGCGGGUGAACCUGGGCUCCCUGAGUUAGCGGGGGAAGCUGGGGCGGCGGGGGAACCUUGGCUUCCCUGA